AAGAAAUGCCCCACAACCCAGCCAAUCAGAGAAAUGUAACAGUUACACUGACUGAACAGGAAGAGAAAAGAAAAAGAAAAUCAAGUGAAAGAAAGGAGAGAACGCAGCAGGAAUAUAAACGCACUAAGGAAGAGCUACACAGAAUAGAUUAAGCCAACAAAAGGCAAAAUAAGAAUGAAAAGGGCAAAAGCAAGUUCAAGGCAGAUAGUAGGUAUCAGCUCCAGAUGCCAACAGGAUCAGUUUCAGUGGAUGAUAGAUAUGCUUACUUCACAUUUAUCUGAGCUUGUGACAGAGGUGAAGUAUUAUCCAAUCACUAAUGAGAACUCAGAUGAGUGGAAGAAAGAAGUGAAGGGAUGUUCUUUUGGGAUCUUAUACCACAGUCUGAAACAUGGACGGAUCAACAUUACUGACGUGGAAGGCUCACUGUAUGACAAGGAACUUCUCUAUAUGUCACAAUGUCUAGACAAGGAGAAUGUUAUGGUUGUGUUGGAUGAUCUAGAACAAACCACAGAGGAGGAAACUAAGAGAAUCCUAAGAACCCAGCCCAGCAUAAAACAUUGUUCAUCUCUUCUCCUUCUAACUGCAAAGAAGGAUAAGGAAAAUUACUUUCUAUUCCAGAUUGAUGCCAUUUCUCCACUUCUGAACACAGUAAAAUCCCGCUCAUCGUCUGCAUUCGCCAUUAAGAAUACCUCAAGUACAGAAGCAAGGUCAUUGUGUGAUGGGGAUUCUACUGAAACUCAUGUGAACAGAAGGGGGCCUGGUACCACUCGUGUGAACAGAAGGGGCCCUGGUACCACCCCAGCAAGCAUUUCUGCUCCUGUUGCAAUAAGUUUAGGAGCAGAUGCAGCACCAAUUAACAAUCAAGUCGUUGAAAUGUUGACCCGGGUAUUAAGCAGUGUGGAGCAAAUAACCACAAAGAUAUCCAACCAGACAGAGCAACUUGAAGAGUUUAAGAAGGAACAUCAAGCAAAUAUAUCCAGACUGAAUCAGCAGUUUGAGAUAUUUAAGAAGGAAGUGAUUCAACAGCUUCAAGGUUUGCUCUGAGUGUCGGCAAAUCCAAUUGGAGCAGGGGCGGAACUACAGGGGGAGCAGGGGGUGCGAGCGGGCCAGGGCCCGCACCCCCUCAGGGCCCCCCGGCAGUCCUCGCGCCGCAUAUUCCCGGCCAGUUCCGGGUGUACGGAGGGGGGCGGGGGCCCGGCUGCGCGUCCUGCGCCAGGGCCUGCCCCCCUCUAGUUCCGUUUCUGAAUUGGAGUGAGGACAAAUUAUUGCCCUGAAAUCUUAGAUCACAAUAGAUCACAAUACAAUAUAAACAUAAUGGGCUUACACGAGAUCUACUGAAGCAACUCAAUUGAUCUAAAACAUUAUAGUAACUUUUUAAACACAAAAAAUCCUCAGUUCAUAUAUGCUAAGAAGAAAUUUGUGUGUUCUUUAUAUAUUCAGCCAGAGUUUGACCAAUGGCAACAAAACUUAUCAAGGUACAUCCUCUCACCCAUGACUAUGUCAACAAGUACUAUAGGUAAAAAAAAAACAUUAGGCCCGUCCAUGCAAUGACCAUGCACAUAUUUUGUUAUUUCAUGUUACCACUAAUCACUAAAAGAAAAGCAACAAACCUUCAAGGGACUGUCCUCUCAUCUGGAAGAAGGUUAAUGUCUACUAUUUGUUUGCAAUUAUAGAUAUAAUUACAGCCUUUAUCUAGAAGUAUUCUUUCUGAUUUUCACCUGAUGAUGCACAAACUUCCACUGUCAUAUAAUGCCAGUAACAUAUUGACACCCAACACCCCACAAUGAUUUUGUGUUUUGUUCUAAAAAAUGAACUUACAUCACUAAAAGAUGGCCUUAGUAGUUCAUUAGACUAGUAGAACUCAACAUAUUCACCCUGAAGAGAUGGAGGGGUGUUGAUAGAAUCCUUUAGUUAUGAAGAACCAAACUGCAUUGGACCAUGUUCCAUGCAAGUUUACAAUGACUACGUCUAGCCAGAUAGCCAGAUAAACCAAAACAUACCAGAAGAUUUAGCCAAUCAGAUGAGGUGAGAGGAGUUCUGUUGGAAAGAGUGAUUGCAACUAAUUAGGAACCUGCUUUUAUUGUCCCUGUUGACCAAUUUCUUCAGCUAACCUGAUUUUUUAGAGGUCACUAGAAGCCAUAUCUGCUCCCCUAUGAAUUUUAAAAGGGUUCUAAGGAAUCACACCACAGAUAAAAGACAAGGAACUGUCUGUUAAGCUUUCCCUGAUAACUAGACCUGUGGACCUUUUACGCCCCAAGACUGGGUUCGAAGUUUAUAGAAAAAUGUAAUAAUCAAAAAGCAAAACAAAAAGAAAGAAACUCCCCUAAAUAAAACUACACUAUGACCAAAGUUAUUUAUCAAUGUUUGAAUUUGCAUUUUUGCCACGAUUCAAAUUAUUUUGCACAAAAACUCACAAAUUUGAAUUAUAUUUUCAAAAACUAAAAUGUUUGGUAUUUAUUAAGCACAAACAACUUGAAAAAUGUGAAUAUAAAACUUUGUCAUCUCAAAGUUUGAGAGUUUUAUAUAAGUCAAUUGGAGUUGUAAUUGGAGAAGUAAUU